ACAUUUGCCUUCCUCACUAGCCGCUAGGCUAGUAAAGCACCACUUCAAGUUACUAAGUAAUUACUUGCUUCAUUCGCUGAAGGCCAAUGAAGCUUUCAAUUUAAUUGUGCUAUCAGCAUACAGAAAAGCGCUCGCUUCGCGAUGGCGCCGAACGUGACGACUCUGACGCUGUUGGGCAUGGCGGAGACGGACAGCCGGCCGGGGCUGCGCGCGCUGGAGAAGCACUCGCCUCCAGAGCCCGAGCCGGAGAAGCUGCCGCCUCCAGAACCAGAGCCGGAGGAGCUGGAGCUGGAUCUUGCACCGAACUACGAGUGGCGCAUUGUCUGGCGCAACGUCAUCGCCUUCAUCUACCUGCACACCGCAUCGCUGUACGGGCUCUAUCUUGCCAUUACCACAGCCAAGCUGCUCACUGUUUUCUGGGUGUACUUCCUGGGCGGGCUGGGGGGCAUGGGCGUGACGGCAGGGGCGCACCGGCUGUGGGCCCACCGCUCCUACAAGGCCAAGUGGCCGCUCCGCCUGCUGCUCGUCAUCUGCAACACCAUCGCCUUCCAGAACCACAUCUACGAGUGGGUGCGCGACCACCGGGUGCACCACAAGUUCACGGACACGGAUGCGGACCCGCACAACUCGAGUCGCGGCUUCUUCUUCUCGCACAUCGGCUGGCUGAUGGUCCGCAAGCAUCCUGACGUGAGCGAGAAGGGCAAAAAAGUGGAUAUGUCGGACCUGGAACGGGAUCCCCUCGUCAUGUGGCAGAAGAGGUGGUACCUCUUCAUCAUGCCGUUGUUCUGCUUCGUGCUGCCCGCCUGGAUCCCGGUGCGUGUGUGGGGCGAGGACCCCUGGGUGUCGUGGCACGUGGCUGCUAUCUUCCGCUACACGCUGUCCCUCAACUGCACGUGGCUCGUCAACAGCGCUGCACACAUCUGGGGAGUCAAGCCAUACGACAGGAACAUGAGCCCAGUAGAGAGCGUCCCGGUGGCAGUGGCGGCGUUCGGCGAGGGCUGGCACAACUACCACCACGUCUUCCCGUGGGACUACAAGGCGGCCGAGCUGGGCAACUACCGGCUCAACUUCACGACGGCGUUCAUCGACUUCUUCGCGUGGCUCGGCUGGGCGUACGACCUGAAGACGGUGCCGGAGCGCAUGGCGCUGAGCCGCGCGGCCCGCUGCGGCGACGGCAGCCACCCGCGGCUGCAGCGCCGGAAGUCGCACAGCGCGCAGCCCGCCAUCUGGGGCUGGGGGGACCCCGACAUGCCGGCCGAAGAGGUGCGCGGCGCCGACGUCGCGCGGCAAGCGCUCUGACCCGCCUCCAGAACGCACCGCGACCGCUACGCCGACGUCCUUGCAUGCGAGGGUCUCGCGUCGUGUGGUGGGCGAAGAUAGUGUUCGACACGCUUCCCCAGUCUCAAACCAACUCCCAGAUUUUAUGGUGUUUUGUUUUGGUGUCAGCUGUCAUACGAACGAGUUUAUUCUGUGAUGCCACGCUCACGUAUUACGCUUCCCCUUUCAUGCAACUUCCUCUGCGUAAGUAAGAAAAUUCGUGAUAGGUUAUUGGGUUUAUCUUGACUUGAAUUUUAGUGUCGCAGUGCACGAAUUAGGAAUAGGAUUUAUCCUUUCCAUGUGAUUUUUGCUACUGUUAGCCGUAAGCUGACAUUGUAUUCACUCAGUUUACGGCCUGCCUUGUAAACGUACAGGACUGGAUUUACAUACGGUGGCGGCGGCGUCCUAGAGACUUUUUCCGUGUCUCUCAUUCGGUUAUCGAUUUUAGACGUUUCUGGUUUUCGUAGCCUUUUUUUUCUUUACAAAAUUAGUACUCUACGAUACAAAAAGUGCAAUCAGUGACGGAAUCACUUAAUUAACUCUAACGGCAUCUCUCUUUUCCCUGUUCAAUGGUUCUUUUUUUAAUUUGCUUUCGGUCUGUGCCCAUUCAGCCAUUUCAGCAAUUCAAAGACAAUACAACAGCUUAUUGAGGACGAUUUUCUUGUCAGUUACGACGAUAUGAAUGCAAGUACAACACGACGCGCAGCUUUCGAGCGGAGAAAUUCUUCAAACAGGCUAGGAAUCGAACCCGGGUCACUUCGGUUAACAAUCUGCCCCGCUGUCGGCGCAGCUACCGAUGCGAACUGUUCAAGAGUUCGUUUCAUAUUUUACUCGCGAAUUAGCUUCUUCAUGGCGCUCAUUAUCGUGUCA